UUUGCUGUUUCUAAGCUAUGCCUGCGUUUACUUGCUCAGAUAGGACACAGACUUCCUCUUCCGUCAAAGGUUUGUUUCAUGUAUAAAAAAAUAAAAAAAAAAGGUGGUAGUCUCUCGUUCACAUUAUCUUUAAAGAAGCUGUAAUUGCUGAAGGACUGAUGGCAGAGACACUCCUCCAAAUCCGAGAUUAAACUGCACCCUCCUCUCCUCUGACCACCCCCCCCUCCCUCCCUCCGCCCGGCCUUACUUGCCUAACUGUCCUGUGGUUUUAGUGGAUUAACGGCUUUGAGUUUUAUUCUGGCGAGGGUUGACAAACUGUGACAAGUAUGGUGAGGUGGUUUCACCCCAACAUCACCGGGAUUGAGGCUGAACAGCUGCUCUUGACCAGAGGGGUUCAUGGGAGCUUCCUUGCCCGGCCAAGCAAAAGUAACCCUGGAGACUUCACUCUCUCUGUGAGACGGAAUGACGAAGUCACGCACAUCAAGAUCCAGAACUCGGGAGAUUACUACGACCUGUACGGAGGAGAGAAGUUUGCUACGCUAGCUGAGCUGGUCCAGUAUUACACAGAGCAGCAGGACCUGCUACGGGAGAAGAACGGGGACGUGAUUGAACUGAAGUACCCUCUGAACUGCAAGGACCCAACCUCUGAAAGGUGGUACCAUGGUCACCUCUCAGGGAAAGAUGCAGAGAAGCUGCUGACAGAGAAAGGGAAGCCCGGGAGCUUCCUGGUCCGGGAGAGCCAGAGCAAGCCGGGAGACUUUGUCCUGUCCGUGUUGACGAAUGAGGAGAAGCACGAGAACGUAGACCGCAAAACCAAAGUGACGCACGUCAUGAUCCGCUAUCAGCAGGAUGGGAAGUACGAUGUCGGAGGAGGGGAGAGAUUUGACACCCUAACCGACCUGGUGGAACAUUAUAAGAAAAACCCCAUGGUGGAAAAGAGUGGCAUUGUGGUUCAUCUCAAACAGCCAUUUAAUGCCACUAGGAUAAAUGCAGCAAACAUUGAAAACAGAGUGAGGGAGCUGAACAAAGUGGCCGAUCACACCGAGAAACCCAAGCAGGGCUUCUGGGAGGAGUUUGAGAUGCUGCAGCAGCAGGAAUGCAAACUGCUGUACCCCCGGAAAGAAGGGCAGAAACCAGAAAACAAGAGCAAGAACCGAUACAAAAAUAUUCUACCAUUUGAUACCACUCGAGUUGAACUGAGAGAUGCCGACGCAGAUAUCCCAGGCGCAGAAUACAUCAACGCCAACUACAUUCGAAGUGUCCACGAAGACGGGAGACUGCCAGACGAAUGUAAAGUCUACAUUGCCACGCAAGGGUGCCUUCAGAACACGGUUAAUGACUUCUGGAACAUGGUCUACCAAGAGAACACCCAUGUUAUCGUCAUGACAACCAAGGAAGUGGAAAGAGGAAGGAAUAAAUGUGUGCGGUACUGGCCCGAUGUGGACUCCCGGAAGGAAUAUGGCCUCCUCUGUGUGAGUAACAUGGAGGAGAGGCCUGCCCAGGAUUAUGUGCUGCGAGAGCUGGAGAUUACACGGCUAGACAGGGAAGAACCUCCCCGGUAUAUUUGGCACUACCAGUACCUGAGCUGGCCGGACCACGGUGUCCCAAACGAGCCUGGAGGAGUUCUCAGUUUCCUGGACCAGGUGAACCAAGCACAGCAAAGCAUUCCAGACACUGGGCCUAUUGUAGUGCACUGCAGUGCUGGAAUAGGAAGGACAGGAACCAUAAUUGUAAUAGACAUUCUUAUAGACAUUAUUAGCAGACAAGGGCUAGACUGCGAUAUAGACGUCCCGAAGACGAUCCAGAUGGUGCGAAGGCAGCGCUCCGGGAUGGUGCAGACAGAGGCGCAGUAUAAAUUUAUAUACAUGGCAGUGCAGCAGUAUAUAGACACUGUCCAGAAAAGACUAGAGGAAGAGCAGAGAAAUAAAACUAAAGAGAGGGAGUAUUCUAACAUCAGGUAUCCACCUACAGAUAACACAAAGCUUUGGCCCCACACUCCCACUUCUAGAACUUCUUCCAUGGUUAACGAGGAUACAGCGGGAGUGUACGAGAAUUUAAAUAUUAAAAAUCCAAAAUGUCCAGGGAUCAGCAAUACAAGAAGAUAAGGGCUUGGAGAUGGGAAUCUCUGCAUUUGGAAGUUUCUAAAGCGCUAGCAAUGCCAUUUUUGUCUCAGCUGUACUGGCAGAUCCCUGUGUCAUAAGCACUGCGAAACGGGAUGCCUAAAGGGGGGCAUCCCGCCCCCCCCCCACCCCAAGCCUUGCAGGAACUGACUCUUAAGAUGGGACAGCAAUGAAUCUCAGCGAUCGACACGAUACCUCUCUCCCUUCAGCUUGUGUUCUGCAGCCAGUGCCUUUUCUAAAAGCGCAACCCCAAGGCACUGUGUCCCGGCGAGCAGAAGAGAUAGACAUGGCAGAAGCUUGAAGACAAAGAAGCACAUUCGUUUCGUCACCCAGAAGUCUAUGAAGCUCCACGUUUUAUUUUUUUUAUAAUGUGUAUGUUUAAGAUGUAGCAGCUGCACUUCCUUGGAUUUUUCUGCAUACAUCUACUGUAACCAAAGACCUGCGAUCUUGAUAAAAGCUCAAAAAAACUGAGCAUUGACAGAUGCAGAAAUUGCACUCUUUAAAAGAAAAAAAGUUUUAUUAUUUUACCCCAUGAUGUGGGCACCAAUGAAGUCUAUGAGUUGGUUGUUGCUGCCAGCACUGAUGUCUUUGUAGGUAUUGUCUUGUAUUAUUAUUAUUACUGGUGUGUAUCUCAUUUUAAAUAAUUACCUGAAGCUCUGGAACUAACCACAAAUAUAUGGUUAGUGGUAAAAAAAAAAAAAAAAAAUUAACAUCCAGUGGCAGUACCUAUUAACUAAUGCAGAGAGGUUUGCUUAAGCUUCUCUUUACCUUUUAUAAAAUUAAUCUAGUUAGAGGAUCAAAAUACAGCCAGUUUUUAAAUCAAUAUAAGAAGGGGACAGAGAAAUCCAUCUCUCAGUGUUUGUGCGAGAGUGUAUUAUUGUCUUUUAAAAGAAAAAAUGUCAGGAUUGGUAAUAUUACAAUAUUUAAAUGGUGGCGAUUUAGAUCCAUUACUGUUUAGAUGGAUACAAUGCACCCACAGACCCUCAUAUACAGGGAGAGUCAUAAACGACUCUGUAAAACACAUUCGUGUUACGUUUGAAUUGUGCUCCACCAUUAGCACAUAGUAAUUCUUUGAUUUCAGUCGGCACAUUGUGACCUCAUUUCGUCCUGUGGUUUGGUGGUUGCUAUGAUUUUCAGGUGGCUCCACAAGUCAUCUGGAGACUUAGUCGCACAGAGAAGGUGUGAUGGCUCAACACCAGCACUAAAGUCCAAGGGUGACAAGUCUGGUGAACCACAGAGCCUCUGACUUUUACAAUGGUCUGAGGUGAUGGUGUCUAACCAGGUUCUGUGUCCAACAGUGUGUUUAUGAAAUCACCCAAUAACUUUUCACUGUAUAAUUUACACAAUACUUAUGAAAGAGAAAUAAAACCGGCAACGUCACGGGCCUAAUACCAAAACCAUAGGUAUUUUGAAGGACCUCUUAAAUGAAUAUAUUGAGUUAAUUAUCUUAUCCUUUUUUUCUCUUUUACAAAACCUGGUGCAAAUGCUACUCCAUUGUAUAAUAUCUGAUUGCAGGCUUAAGCUAUUAUCCCCCUGCAAAAAAAUGUGCAAGAUGCAAGCAAAACCUUUUCCAAUCACUGAAUUAUAACUGAAGACACUUGAAGCACAUGUAACGUUGUAUUAACUCUGGACUGCGCGUCUUACUGAAGAAAAAAAAGCAGCCAGAUAUGUUUAUUAUAUUGGGAAAAUGUUUCUAUCGGAAUGUGAUACAAGAACCAGAUUGCAAACAAUGUGAACCGGCUACCUUAUUAAAUGAACCAAGCCAGCUCUAUAUUCUUAGGAUUCCUGUCUUUAAAACUAUUGUUGCUAUAUACAUUGGUUUCGUUUUUUUUUGUUU